GUGCUGCACCAAAAUAUCGAUCGCUAGGCUGACGAUGUCACAUGAUUUACAAUGGCGACUUGCAUGGGUGCAUUCUCAGACAGGCUAACGAAGGUAAACCGACCCGUUGUUACCGAAUUGUGGAAUGGAAGCCAGGAUUUUGAUGCAUUAAUGUGUAAAAUAAUUUCCACAAGAGCUUGGAUCCAAUACCCUUUGUGUUUGCUGGAAGAUCGCCACUCAUAAAUCUCGUGCUCUAGAUAGUGAACAAAGAUGGCGCACCUUCAACACAUGACAGAGCCCACAGCUCUCUUUCCCCAUCUCGAGUCUAAUGACCUUCACACUGUGAAAGAGUUCAAGGCUUUGAUCCAGGAUAACCUCACAUCAGCUCGUGAGCCUUCCUUCUUGAAUGCACUGGUAGACUUCUACAUCUCGACCAACUCCCCCCAAGCCCUGGAUAUCCUAUCUGGACUCAGAGAACCUCUAGACAAGCCUUUGAUGGACAAGCUUAAUGAGUGCAUGAAGUACCGUCAUAGCCGUCUUCCAGCCCUGAUCCUCGUCAGUCACAUCGUGAGACACCAGCCCUCCUGGCUACACAAGAUUGUUCAGGUUCCACUCUUCACCUCCAUGAUUCACUGUCUGAAGGCCGAUACUGAUAUCCCAGUACUGAUGUGUGGCAUCCUGACGAUUACCACGCUCCUUCCCAUGAUUGCCGAUACUGAUAUCCCAGUACUGAUGUGUGGCAUCCUGACGAUUACCACGCUCCUUCCCAUGAUUCCAAGCAAGGUCGGGCCGUUCCUCCACGACAUCUGUGAAAUCUUUGCGCGCCUUGCCUCUUGGAGUGUUAACAAACCAGGGGAAGUGCAUGAUGUGCACCAGCUCCACCUGCAAGCGGCGGUGUAUGCCCUCUUCCACAGACUGUAUGGCAUGUACCCUUGGAACUUCCUGGAGUUCCUCCAGAGUCACUUUGCCAACAAGGAGAAGGAGUUUGAAGUGGCAAUCUUGCCUAUGUUGGAGAGAGUGAGAAUGCACCCACAGUUGAUUGUAGGCCAGAAAUCCAAGGAAACAGAAUUAUCAAGAUGGAGAAAGAUGGAGGUUCAUGACAUCCUCACAGAAUGUGCCAGGGUGUGUCUGGACACCACCGAGUCCACUCGAGAUGACCGGUCAACCUGUGGUCUCUCACUGUCCGAGUCUGGGUUCAGCGCAGCAUACAACAUGGCGACGAGGAGCAACGUAUCCUCAUCGUGCAAGAUGUCAUCCCCUGCAACAAUACCACCUUCCAAUGAUGCCCAGAUCCUUCCAACCAGUAAGCAAACUACUCCUUCAAACCUCACCAAGAAACCUGACCCCACAUCCAAUCUGAUCUCAUCACAAGCCAUCCUCUCUGCCAUGUGGAGUCCAGCGGUAGACUGCGGCCUCACGACCCCGCCCACAUCCCACCCCCCCUCACCGGGAGGUAGCAUGAUGGACCUUAGCCUCACCUCCUCCCUCCAGAUGGGGUACGGUGACCCCUCGAGUUCCCUCACCACUCCCCGAGACUCGCCCCACUCCACCCUCGGGGAGGAACAGCCCCAUCGCAUCCUGAACAUCAGCGAUGGCAGCACGCCCAACAAGUCGGGCCGCAAAUCCAGGGGGAAAGGCCCCGGUGCCUUGCCAAGAUACCCUCCAAACAUCCUCCAGCGUACGACCUCUGCACCAUCUACUCCAGGGUACGAUGCCAGCUCACAGUGGCUUCCGGCAUCCCCCAUCCGCAAAUACAGCGCAGAUCGGACUAUCUUCAAUUUUGGCAGCAGGGCAUCGGCGCAGCACCAAACAUCAAAACCCUCGGACAAUGCAGGCAAGACGUCAGCACCAAGAUCAAGACGGUCUUCUGGGAAAGGGUCAGGGAUAGAGGAAUCGGUCCUGGAGGAUUCCAUCGAGGAGGAAGAGAAGGAUGGCCAGAUCAAAUGUCCUAAACCGAGACAGGAGGACAACUCUGAAGAUCAAGAGUCCUCCUCGGUGUCUCUCAAAGAUCUUCCAAGCUUGAUCAGACAUCUCUCUGAUGGCCAUCUGCGAUCAGAUGAUGCAACUAACGCAGAGGUGUCUUCCAUCGUGAACAGUCCUCAGCGAAAUGUAGGCGAAUUCAUGUCAAAGGUCAUAGCGGGGCUGCAUCAUCACAAGGAGGGCAUUGGUGACUCUGGCCACCAUGUCAUGAACAGCACUCCAAAGUACGAUGUGGAGAAACAGAGCGGUCAGGUGGUCCGUGGCACUGCAGAAGGUGCCGACGAUAUCACCAUGUCUAUGGAAGGACCCUGCGCUGAGAUGAAGGGAGGUGAGAUGGAGAAUGAUGUGAGAGGAGCGGAAGAAACGGGCGUGGCUGGUGUGGAUAGCGCGUCAAAUUCCGGUGAGGCUGGCGCGUCGUUUCGUGACCUGAACCUUGAAGAAGAGACCAGUCCGUCCCAGAAAGACUUCCAGAAGGUCAGCCAUAAUCUCUUCGGAGAAGGAACAACUAAUGGAAUUGCUCAUCGAGAAGAAGAUAUUGCGAGGAGAGAGGGUGCUACCAAAGAGGGAGAGAUGAAAGAAAACUGUGAGGUAUUGGAUAAAAACAUGGAUAGUGCCCUCCCAAGGCAGCAUAGAGGGAAUCAGGGUUUCACGCCAAUACGUGAUUACUCCGUAGACAGCAUGGAGUCACCAUACCCUUCUGAAAUGAGCACUGCGUCCCAGCAGGCGUACAUUUCAAUCGAUCACAUGCUCCGACAGGCCUUGCCUUAUUACAUGUACCCUCCGAACAUUGGGACUCCUGCACCCCCGUCACAGGAAAGGGGGGAUGAAAUAUCCCUUGCGUCCUUGGAUUUGAGCCGAAGUGGACCCCUUCAUGCUGUGUUUUCACCCGCAGAGAUGUUGGACAGACACAUCAGUAUGAGUGAUGAGGUUCAUGAUAAAGAACUCAGUAGGCUACCUCUUACAAGUCAGAAGUCCGUCAACUGGACCCACUAUGGGGGUUCCCCUCCUGCCGAUGAGAUCAACCUCCUGAAGGGACAGCUCCAACUCCUUCACAACCAGCUGCUCUAUGAGAGGCAUAAAAGAGAGGUCCAUGCAGGCAGGAAUAGGAGACUUCUUGGCAAAACACACAAGGCUAAAGCAUACGAGGAGCUGAACAGCGCCAUGAAGGAUCAACUUCGGCUCCAGGAGAAUGAGAUUGUGAGGUUGUCUGCAGAGAUCAACCAGGUCAGGCAAGAGAAUAGACAACUCAGUAUAGAAUGCCAUCAUAAGGACAAAACUUACCAGCAGGAUGUACAAAAAUUGGAAUCUGAAAAGGUACACUUGAUGGAAUGCAAAGAAGAACUGAACAAACUGUUAGUCACUCACAGACUGGAGGUGGAGAAAGUUAAAAAGGAUCUCAAGAUUUCAAAUUCAUCCCUUUUCGACAUUGAGCAAGAUUUAGCCAGUACUAGAGCCGAUAUAGCGACCAAUAAACAUCUCAAAGAUGAGAUCAAACGUCUUAAUAAGGAAAUCUUGCUACUGGGGGAGACAAAUAUCAAGUACAAGGAGAAGCUAGAGGAAAGUAAGCUAAGCAAGGCCUUGGUAGAGGAAGAAGACAAGAGGAGACAAAGCCUCAAGAAAGAAUUAGCUGAUUGUCAUGAUGCUGUGAAGCAAAAGAGCAUACAGCUUGAUGCUGCCAAAGCAAGGAUAAUCGACAUCGAUGCUCUCCUAACUCAAAGGGAUCGAUCGAUAGCAGAGCAGAAGAGAUACCUGGAGAGUGUGAAAAGUCUUUCAAAUGGAAAGGUUGAGGCAAUGGAAUCAAAGUACAACUCAUUGAAGAAGGUCAACCAACGUCUAGAGGGCGAUAUUCUCAAACUCACCAAACAGAGCACCUCCCGUCACCGUGGCCACGCCCGGCAACGCUCAAAUCCAGACGGAGCUCAGCUGGACGAUUCUACUUCCAGCUCCGGGAUUUCUCGCAGCAGAUCCAACAGUCCGCAGAAGACAUUUAAUCGCAGUGGCAGUACAGGCUCGCAGAAGAGCAGGCCCGAUCCGGCCGAGAGACGGACUCCAUUAGGAGUUGAGGGGGAAGCUACGGCACCCACAAAUUUAAGAACGUCACCUGGGGUGCAGAAUACCACUCCUACUUCUAAACGUGCUCUACAGACAAGACAGGAGAGGUCAAAGGCACCUAGUCCACGUGCAGGAGAGUUCUUAGCUCAAGGAUCUGCCGCAGCCGUUGCUGCAAAGUCUCGGUCCAGAGAAGGAUCUUUAAAUGUUAAAACGAACAAGGUGCAGAGUUCCGCGCUAAGAUUCAGCGAAGCUUCUCCUUUCCAGCGAGUGCACUCGGGGUCCAGUGCCCCCUCAAACUUAGCUUCCAAUGCAUCUAAAGGGAACUUACCAGAUGAAAGCCACGUCAAAGAUGGUGCAUCAGCUGCAGCCUCUAACAGUUGUCAUUCAUGUCCAGAAUUUGACAAAUUAUCACAGAAUUCUGCAGGAAGUCUGGCUGGUGGUCCCCUUGUACAGCCUUCAAAGGGCAUUGAAGAAGACAGGGAGAGCCCCUCGAGUUCAGAAGAAAGGAAAGCGAUUCCAGAGAGAACUGCCAUUGUUGAUGAUAUAGGAUGUGGAAUUGGUAGCCAGGGUAUAGCAUCGCACUUGGAAUUAGAUGCAAGUGGGGAAGAGCAUGGAUUAUCUCACUGGUGACAGAAUAAACCUGAAGAUAUUUCAUUGACUUAAUCACGCAAAAGGCACCUGUAUCUAAAUUACAUGUAGCAUUGAUGUGAUGACCACAUUUGCAUGUGCAUGAUGCGUAUUGUUUUCCAUAUUUGCAGCGAGAUUUGCUUUUCACACCCUAUCGAAGUCGGGAUACGUUGGGCAUAGGGCCACAAGGAGACCAGCCAGUCCUUUAAAGGGAUCGGGCAUCUUUGCCUCAGAUUCUGAAACAAAAUCCUGGAUUUAGCUCAUGCUGCAAUCGUAAUUAUAACCAAGUCAGGAAUCCCA